UUGAGAUCAUCCGUAUUUUCACAUCAGAGCAUCGCUUUCUCUUGAAAGAACUCAAAGAAAAAGCAAAUAUGAGUCUCACUGGAGAAGACAAGGGAAUUGUUGCGUCCUUCUGGAGCUCCAAGGCUGCAGCCAAGGCUGAGGAGAUUGGAGCACAGGCUUUGGGCAGAAUGCUGGUUGUAUACCCGCAGACCAAGACCUACUUUUCCCACUGGUCUGAUCUGGGCCCUAACUCUGCAGAAGUGAAGAAGCACGGCGCAACCAUCAUGGGCACCCUCGGAGACGCUGUUGGAAUGAUGGAUGACCUUGUUGGUGGUCUGAACAGCCUGAGCGAGCUGCACGCGUUCAAGCUCCGAGUGGACCCUGCCAACUUCAAGAUCCUGGCCCACAACAUCAUCCUGGUUAUGGCCAUGUACUUCCCAGAAGACUUCACUCCAGAGGUCCACACUGCCGUUGACAAGUUCCUGCAGAACGUGGCUUUGGCUUUGGCCGAGAGAUACCGAUAAACCCAGACAAUCAACUG